AUGAAUGUAGAGCAUUCAUUAUCAAAGUCUGCUGAAACGGAAGACAUUUGUGAAAUUGAAGUUGAAAGGGCCAAAAAGAUGAACAUAAGGUAUCGCAAAAUUGAAAAAGAUGAAUAUAAAAAUAUUCAAAUAGAAGAAUUAGUUGAAAGAAGAUCAUAA